UGCCCGUAACCCUGUUCUUUUCGCCUCCGCGCUGCGGGGAGGAGCAGGGCCGAGUUAGAGUGGACUCACAUUCCCUGUGGGUGUAACUGGACCGCACGGUGGGGUGCCGCCUACCCCACCGGUCAGGACGCCAGCCCUCGGCACCACGAGUACCAUCCUGGCAGCCCUCGUAAAAGUGUGCACGCGGGGCCGCCCCAGCCCCUUCCCUUCCCUCUCCUCUCCUCUCCUCAGCGCUCACGCCUGCGCCUGCGCCUGCGCACUGCCACUCACGCCAGCCGGGCCUUCGCGAAGGUGUCGCCGCGAGAAAUGUGUCCCGCGCGCUACGCCGUCUGUUUCUAGGGCAACCCCGCCGCCUCUUAGCAACCACGCGCGCGGCCCUGCCAUGGCAGCUGGGACUCCCACAGUCUUCCUACUCAUGGUCAACGGGCAAGUGGAGAGCGCCCAGUUCCCAGAGUACGACGACCUCUACUGCAAGUACUGCUUUGUGUAUGGCCAGGACUGGGCCCCUACGGCGGGUCUGGAGGAGGGGAUCUCACAGAUCACAUCCAAGAGCCAAAAUGUGCGCCGAGAGCUGGUGUGGAACUUCCCCAUCGAUGUCACUUUUAAAAGCACCAACCCUUAUGGCUGGCCACAGAUUGUGCUCAGUGUGUAUGGACCAGACGUGUUCGGGAACGACGUGGUCCGAGGCUAUGGGGCGGUGCACGUGCCCUUCUCACCUGGCCGGCACAAAAGGACCAUCCCUAUGUUUGUCCCUGAAUCUACAUCUAAACUGCAGAAGUUUACAAGUAUGUGCCGGGUCACCUCCUCAGAGCUUCGCAUUGCUCCACCAAUUGGGGACAAAUAGAAGCAGGCCCCAUAGCGGUGCUGAGGGGCUCCUUGCAGCCACCAUGGUAGCUGCACGAGGCCAUGCAGUUUUAUUCUGUACCUUGUCAAAAAUCAUUGUGUCACAUGGAAUGGAGGAAAAACUUUUCUGCUGGGGAAACACAAAAUAUUAUGACAUUAAAAGUAGUAAACGUGAUACAGCAAUAUGAGCUAAAACACCAUAAAGCAGUAAAGGAUAAUGGGUAGCUUUGCUCAGUCAUUAAGUGCCUCCGAGAAGAGCUGACGUGAGCAGAGACUAGGGAUGAGCAGCCACCACAGGAAGAUCCAGGAAGAACAUUCCAGGCACUUGGAACAGCAUGUGCCAGGCCCUGAUGAGAGCAUGGGCUCUGCACGUUAGGAGCAGCCAGGAUGUCAGCGUGGCUAGUAAGCAAGAGGGAAUGUGGGGAGAUGGCGGGAAGCAGGUGGGAGCUUGGAGGGCCUUGGCUGGGCAACUUGAGGUCUAGGGUGGAAGCGUCUGUUGGUACAGCUCAGCUGCAGCUCAGUGAGCUGAGAGGAGAUGCGGAAACCCUCAGGCUCUUGGGCUGAGCUGGCAAGACCCCCCUGCUAGCCUGGACAAUAUAAAGAUGAAACCUGGCCAGGGGCCUGCUGGACAGAGGGGGCGGCUUUGAGCCUCAGUGCUGAGAAUGCUGUGCUAAGCUCAGAGGCCUGUGGAGGGGAAGGACAACUGUGUCUCCCCUGGCCUUAACCCAAGAAUUUGGGUUCCCAGAGUCCCUAGAAUCCCCGCUGGGAGGGGGGGGCCACCAUGUGGAAAGAGACUUCUUUACCAGCUGGAGGUGACAGCAUCCGACCCUCAGGGCUGUCAGGGAAGCAGUGGGGCAGUGCAUGUCUAUGGGCUUUGACAUUCUAUGUGGCUGUCCUGGCAAGGCUGUUUGUUCAUACUCCAACAGGAGCAUGAGCCUGCAGGGUAGAGCUCACUGAAGCCACAGUCUCUCACCAUCAGAGUUAGGCCUGUGGCUUGCAAAACAGCAAGGUUUUGGCCCACGCCUGUGCUCAGCACAGGGGCCGUCUCCAGCUCUUUGGACGGCUCUCGCCCGGGCAAGGCAGCAUCUGGUUAGUGAAGGCAGUGUGAUUGGCAAACUCUUCCUAGAUGUGGUGUCCUUAAAGCCUCCUUGAUCAGGCAGAGGCCUGGGGGCAUCUUGACUCCCCCGUCUCUCCCAGCACCCUCCAGGGACUCCCCAUCUUCUCUCCCAGCCCAGCCAA